AUGCCUGUGGUUGCUGGUCCUGCCGCAGGGGGCCCUGCUGGUGGCUCGACGUUCGAGAAGAUGAAAAUGGGUUGCUUGAUGGGUUCUACUGUCGGUGGAAUCAUGGGCUUCAUUAUCGGAACUGUUACUAUUUUCCAGUACGGCGCUGGUCCCAACGGCGUCAUGCGCACUCUGGGCAAGUACAUGCUGGGCUCGGGUGCCACUUUUGGUCUUUUCAUGUCCAUCGGCAGUGUCAUCCGCACUGAAGGGCCCCUCAACGAUGCCUGGCUCCGCGCUCGAGGCCCUCCCAUGAUGCUUCCCCGUCAGAGCCCCCUCCGGUCCAUGAGCCAAUAG